AUGCGCAUUACCGAGCUUAUCAUCGACGGCUUCAAGUCCUACGCUGUUCGAACCGUCAUCUCGGGCUGGGAUCCAACUUUCAACGCCAUCACCGGGUUGAAUGGCUCCGGCAAAUCCAACAUCCUCGACGCCAUCUGCUUUUGUCUUGGUAUCGGGCGCUUCGAGCUCUUGCGUGCCAAUGGCGGCGCCAGCGACCUCAUCUACAAGCGUGGCCAGGCCGGCGUCACCAAGGCCUCGGUCACUCUUGUGUUCGACAACAGUGACAAGCCCAAGUCGCCAAUUGGCUUCGAGGAUUACGCGAGCAUCAGCGUGACAAGGCAGAUCGUGCUGGGCGGUAUGAGCAAGUAUCUGAUCAAUGGGCAUCGAGCGCAACAGCAGACAGUGCAGAAUCUCUUUCAGAGCGUCCAGUUGAACAUCAACAACCCAAACUUCUUGAUCAUGCAAGGUCGCAUUACAAAGGUGCUGAACAUGAAGAGCACUGAGAUCCUUGGCAUGGUCGAGGAAGCGGCAGGCACGCGUAUGUUCGAAGACCGGCGGGAGAAGGCGCUGCGGACGAUGGCCAAGAAGCAGGCCAAGGUGGAAGAGCUCGAGGGCCUGCUGAAGGAAGAAAUCGAGCCGAAGCUGGACAAGCUACGAAACGAAAAACGAGCGUUCUUGGAGUUCCAGAGUACGCAGUCGGAUCUCGAGCGGUUGACGAGGUUAGUGGUUGCGUACGACUACGUGAAGAGCAAGCAGAAACUGCAGCAGAGCGUGCAAGAUCUGGCAGCGAAGAGGGGGCGCGCAGCGGAGAUCGAAGAGAGCAAGGAGAAGCUGGAGCGUGAGAUUGGCGUACUCGAAGAAGAUAUGCAAAACGUACGUGCAAAGAAGGACAAGGAGCUUCGCAAAGGCGGUAAGUUUGGCAAGCUGGAAGAGGCCGUCAAAGAGCACUCGCAUGAGCUUGUGCGCCUAGCGACAGUCUUGGACUUGAAAAAGGUUGCAAUGACAGAAGAACAAGAACGUUUGAAGAAGGCGCAGUCAAGCGCGAAGGAGCUUGAGAGGCGGCUGAAGAAGAAGGCAGAGUUACACCGGCAGCUGCAAGAGCGCUUCGAAGCAUCAAAUAGGGGUGUGGAGGAGCAAAAGGCUGAGGCUGAGAAAAAGGAAGAGCUCCUCCACACGCUACAGACCGGCAUCUCCUCGAACGCAGGCUCCGACGGCGGCUAUGCCGGACAGCUGACGGCAGCACGAGACGCGGCGACCAAAACUGGGACGGAGAUCGAACAAGCUAAGCUCAAGAUCAGCCAUCUUGAAGCGCGCAUCAAGGAAGAUGAGCCUCGAGCGAAGAAGGCAGAGAAAGAGAACGCGUCGCUACUCGGCGACCUGCAACUCCUUCGAAAGCAAGCAGCGAAGCUUGAAGACGAGCUGAAGAAGUUGGGCUUCGAUCCUGGCCGAGAGGAGCUGCAACAAGCGGAGAAGGCGCAGCUUGAGAAGCGCAUUCGCGCGUUACAGAGCGAGGCGGAGGCGCUGAGGCGGAGAAUCGCAGGGCUGGACUUCUCGUACUCCGACCCAUCUCCGGACUUCGAUCGGCGGCGAGUCAAAGGCCUUGUAGCGCAGCUGUUCAACCUGCCAGAGCAGCAUUCCGAGGCUGGCACGGCGCUUGAAAUCUGCGCCGGUGGUAGGCUGUACAAUGUUGUGGUCGACUCUGCGGAGACGGGCACACAGCUAUUGCAAAACGGCAAGCUCCGCAGACGAGUGACAAUCGUCCCGCUUGAUAGGAUUGCCGCGUCGAGAGCGCCAGCGGACAAGGUGGCUGCUGCCCAGAGACUGGCGCCAGGCAAAGUUAAUCUUGCACUCACGCUGGUUGGGUUUGACCACGAGGUCGAGAGAGCCAUGGAAUUCGUAUUCGGCAACACCUUGGUGGCUGCCGACGCGGCAACGGCGAAAAAGGUGACCUUUGAUCCAUCCAUAAGGCUCAAGAGUGUCACGCUCGAUGGGGAUGUCUACGAUCCAGCCGGCACAUUGUCCGGUGGAUCCGCCGCACAAGGCACUGGCGUGCUCUUAACACUCCAGAAGCUCAAUGCCGUUACGCAGGGGCUCGGUCAGGAGGAGGAGAAGCUAGCCAAGCUUGAACGAGCCAUUGCGAAAGACGCCCAGAAGCUCAAGUCGGCGCGGCAGAUCAAGCAAGAACUUGACCUAAAGGCGCACGAGAUCCAACUCGCGGAGUUACAGAUCGCAUCAAACUCUUCGUCCAGCAUCAUUGCAAGCGUGCAGGAGAUGAAGGAGACCAUGGCAGCACUUGAGACUAACAUCCAAGAAGCUGAAGUAAGGCGGAAAGAAGCCGUAUCGGAAGCCAACCGGAUUGCGAAGGACAUGAAGGACUUCUCGUCGAACAAGUCCGGCAAGCUCGACCAGUUGCAGAAGGAUCUCGACAAGUUAAAGAAGGCUUUGUCAAAAGCCCAAGCCGCCAUCAGACCCUUGCAGCAGGAGAUGCGAGAAGCUCUGCUCGACGCGGAGCAGACUGGCUCGGAUCUUGCUGCCGCGCAGGAAGAGUCGCAAGACGCGGAGACCACACUUGAGGGUCACAACUCGGAGUUAAUGGGCCUUGAGGCGGAGCAGAAGCGAGCACGAGGUGCGCAUGACGAAGCUCAAGCGGCGCUGGAUGACGAGCGAGCGAAGUUGUCCGGGUUUGACGAGGAGAUUGCGGACCUCGAGCGUGCCUCGAAGCGAAAGGCGCAACAAAUCGCGGACGAGAAGCUUGAAGCGCAAAAGCUCGGCCACGCCGUAGACAAUUUCGCAAAGCAACAGCAGAUCGCUCAGCAAACCCUCUCUACGAUGGAGAAGGAGCACGACUGGAUCCACGAGGAAGCUCUGUCUUUCGGCAAGGCCAAUACGCCGUACGACUUCGGCUCCCACAACAUGGCCGAAAGCAAGUCAAACCUCAAGACCGUGACUGAACGCUUCCACGACAUGAAGAAGAAAAUCAACCCUGCAGUUAUGGCCACCAUCGACAGCGUAGAGAAGAAGGAAGCGAGCCUGAAGCAGAUGAUGCGGACUGUAACCAAAGACAAGAAAAAGAUUGAAGAGACGAUCGGAAGCCUUGAUGAGUAUAAGAAGACGGCAUUGGAAAAGACCUGGAGGAAGGUGAACGAGGACUUUGGGCUCAUCUUCAACGAUCUGCUGCCGGGCAACACAGCGAAGUUGGAGCCCGUGGAGGUAGACGGCAAGAAAAAUAUCGGGAAAGGUUUGGAGGUGAAGGUGUGCUUGGGCAAGGUGUGGAAGGAGAGUCUGACCGAGCUUUCAGGCGGGCAAAGGUCACUCAUCGCUCUGAGCUUGAUCCUCUCGCUGCUGCAGUACUCGCCGGCUCCGAUGUACAUCUUGGAUGAGGUAGAUGCUGCGCUUGACUUGUCGCAUACUCAGAAUAUUGGCCGUCUGAUCCGGACACGAUUCAAGGGCUCGCAGUUCAUUGUUGUCAGCUUGAAGGACGGCAUGUUUGGCAACGCAAAUCGCAUCUUCAGAACGCGGUUCAUGGACGGCACAACUUCUGCUCAUCAGCCUCAAUCAGAUUUCAGCGCACAGAUCAACGACUGGAAGCCGGACUUUUCCGUCUCCGCCUUUGCUUGUCUUGGCAUGCACCACUCUGAAUUUGUUGGCCCGCUGAGAGAGACAUUAAGCAUUCCACCGCCGACACCAUCUUUCCAACCCACUACGGUGAAGAAGUCGGCCAAGGUCAUCAUUGAGCGUUAUUACCCAAGGCUCACCCUUGACUUCGAGACCAACAAGCGCAUUUGCGAUGAAAUCGCUGUGAUUGCCAGCAAGCGGUUACGCAACAAGAUUGCCGGCUACACUACACAUUUGAUGAAGCGUAUUCAACGAGGUCCCGUGCGCGGCAUUUCCUUCAAGCUGCAAGAAGAGGAGCGUGAACGCAAGGAUCAAUUUGUGCCAGAAGUCUCGGCACUUGACUUCACUCAGAACUCAGAGAGCGGCAUGCUGGAUGUCGACCAGGAGACCAAGGAUCUGCUGAAGUCUAUGGGCUUCGACAGCAUUGCUGUCAACGUCGUUGCGGUACAACAACCGCAGGUCACAGAUCGCCCGCGUCGCAACUUCAACGACCGCCCCCCGCGCACCUAG